AUGCAACCACAUCAUCAAGAGGAAUCACUCACUCGUUUGGUUUUCCUUGAUCCAUUAGAAAAACACUACACUCAAUCCCUGUUAAGAAAUAAAUUCACCACUGAAAAGACAGUUUUAUGUCUCGGAGAUUAUUCAAUGAAUUUAUUAAAAACUUUCCAUUUAACUCCAGUUCCUAGCAAUUUUCUCAUCACUGAUAUUAAAUUCUAUCAGAGGAGAAAGUUAUUACUUGUUGGUCAUUCGAUGGGAAUUGAUGGUUAUGAUUUGGAGAGUGGAGAGCAAUCUUUUCAUUUGGAAUCGGAGAAUGCAGUUAUUAGAAUGUGUUUAGUGGAAGGGAAUCAGGAGGAAGAAACAGAUGUGAUUUUUGCAACAAUGCAUCAUGAAUUUGGAUAUAAUGUGUUAAAGUUUAUUCUUUCGCAGGAAGAAAUUGAAAUUGUAGAAUCGGAUUUGGGAUUGUUAAAUGCAAAAUGUGAAUUGACCUAUCGUAAAGAUAAAAAGGAAUUAUAUGUUUUGGAUGUUUCUGAUGGUAAAAUAUCUGUAUUAGAUGGCUUAUCUAUGCAAUUGAAAUACGAAAUUGAAAAUGAGUUUACAAAAAGAGCAGUUUGUCUUUCCCUUAAUGAAUAUACGAAUGAAUUAAUAAUUCUGACAGGAAAUAAUGUUAGAAUUUAUGAUUACAUACACAAUCAUGCAGAUGAUGGGCUCAAUACCCUUGUGAAACUCUAUGGGGAUGAGUACAGUAUAUGUCAAGAAAUGAUGAUGAUUGAUUCGGUGGAUGAUUUAAGUGGAAUGAUUUUCGAUAUGCAAACUCCAUAUUUUAAUUUCCUGAUUGGUAAGAAGGGAAUGUUACAUAUCAUUGAUGGGUCAUCUCCAAGUAUUUCAAAAUCAAUUCUUGGAUAUCUGAAUCCGCCUCAACCAUUCAAUUCGUAUUACUUUGAUAAGCAUUGUAAAAAACUAUUCUCAUUCGAUCAGAAACAUGUUUAUCAGCUAGAAUUGAAACUAGAACUGAAUACCGUUGAGAUGCCUCUAAGUGAGGAAGUUUGCAAUCUGGUGGAGAAACUGGAAGGUCAACUUCCCAACAUUUACACACAACACAAUUCAACCCCUAUUCCUCCUUCUCUUUGUUAUUUCAAUUCAAUUUUUUGGAAGAAACCAAUUUGGUUUAGGAUUAGUGAUAUGGAAAAGUUUGAUUCAGAGAUUGAAAAGGAUACAACUAUUGCACCAAUAAGAAUCAGAAAGUGGAAACAAACUGGAAUUGGAAGAUCAUUUCAAUUCCAGUAUUCCAAUUCGAGUAAAAUAUGGGAUUGUAAUAAGAAUAUAAUUCCUGAUGCUUCGAUCAUUGGAGGUGGAGAAGGUAAAGAUUCAAUAAUAGCAAUAGUUGUUAGGUCAACUGAAGCAAGUUCAAAAGAUUUUCCACUCUUUAUCAGAAUAGAUAGGACUCUUUACAGAUGCAAUAUUUCAAAAUUCCUUUCUCAUUUGGAAAAGAGCAUUAUAAUUGUCAUGCAGUAUAAUCGAGAAGUAUUCCUGAAAUUUGAUUUUGAAAAAAUGUAUUCGAAUCUCACUGCACACUAUUUAAUUAAUGAAAAUAGUCUAGAAUUAGACAAGAUAGAACUUUCGAAAGCAUAUUCUUCAUUAAUUCACGAUGAUCUUUUGAAUUUAGUGUCAAAACAUUUGAGUUAUGAGAUUUCAUUUAAAGGAAAGGUUUAUUCAAUGUUGGAUUUAUAUGUCCUUGCAAAAUAUUAUAAUAUGCACGAAACGAAACAAAUCAGAUAA